AGGAGGAGACGGAGGGGAAGAAGGGGGGAGGGCAGAAGGAGAAGGGGCAGGGCCGUGCCCGCCCUCGGCAUGGCGGAGAGCGGCGCCUGGCUGCUAGUACUGAGCUCCGUCUUCCUCUGCAACGCUCUCAAGAUCCUGCUGCCCUCCUGCUCCUCCAUCAUAUCCAGAUUUUUACAAAAGGAUGCAGAGCAGGAGUUCCAAAUGAGAGCUGAAAUUCAGAAAAUGAAGCAGGAACUCGCAACCAUUAGUAUGAUGGAUGAGUUUGCUAGAUAUGCCCGUCUAGAAAGAAAGAUUAACAAAAUGACUGACAAGCUUAAAACUCAUGUGAAAGCACGAACUGCCCAGUUAGCCAAAAUAAAAUGGGUUAUAAAUAUUGUGUUCUACAUCUUACAAGCUGCCCUGAUGAUCUGUCUGAUUUGGAAGUACUAUUCGGAGCCAGUUACAGUGCUUCCAAGCAAAUGGCUUGCUCCAUUGGAGCGCCUGGUAGCCUUUCCUACGGGGGUGGCAGGUGCUGUUGGCAUUACAUGUUGGCUUGUAGUUUGUAAUAAAGUUGUAGCUAUCAUGCUACAUCCUUUUAGCUGAAGGAAUCCCAGUAAUGCAUGGAGUCCUCAACUACAUUUUCAUUAUCACUGUUUUAAAUUAAUUUAAAAACAAAGAGCAGUUGUCUUUCAUGUUACUAGGUCUGAGAUAAUCUUUGUUACUUCAUUUGGAUAUCAGUCAGUAUUCCUUUUGUUUUAUUUUCUCUUUCCUAGUUCGUUUUUCAGUUUGGUGGUCAGUUUUCAAAUAAUAGCAUUGCUGUUGAUAGGACCUCAUUUUUGUGCCUAUUUUGACAAGUAUCAACACCGAUUCAUGGCAGAACUAGAAGACUUUGCCAUGGCAUAUAUACACCAAAAUCUAGAAGUGCUGAAUUUGGAUUUGCAAGUUGGAAAUGCACUAGCAUUUUUUACACUACAAUUGGUGUAUUCUUUGGCUGUCUUAGAAAAUGUUAUUGAUAAACACGCAGAAUCCACCCUUAGGAGACUCAUUCCGCUGCCAAAUAUAGGAUGGUUUGUUACUUUUUCCUCCCUGACUUUUAAAAUUCGUUAAACACUUGAUUUUUUUCCUGCUUUUAUUGAUAAGUGACCUCUCUGAUCAUGAUGUUUUUUCUGCCUCCUAAACUAAGUGAGAAUCACUGGAGCCAUCUCCUUCCAUGUUUUGGGAGGAAAGGUCUAGCUAACAUUCUCAUGCUCUGUGUUAAGAAAGAGAAAGUGGAAGACAGUGCUGUUCCUUUGGAGAACUACAUUCCUAGGGCUUGAGUAGAUAUUAACAGCAUUCCAGGACAGCCUGAAACAGCUAAGUAAGUGUAAAAGUUAGUGACUUGAAUGUCUGUAGUAGUAACAGAAUGGUAGCAAACAGAAGGAGGAAGGAAAACAAUUUUCUGUUGUGGAGUAAAUCCUUCUUGCUGUAUUUAAGUAAGGAAAUAGCCACAAUGUUUUGAAUUUAAAGGAGAGAAUUCUUCUAGAACAGUGACCAAAGUUGUGUUCUCUUCUGUGCUACAGCAGUGUCUGCAAACCUGUCAUUGCUGCCCCAGAAGACAAGUAGGUGGGUUUAUAAAGUUCUUGUUCCAUACCUCCAGGGUUUUUUUGACAUGAGCCUGAACAAAAGUGUAAGGGACACCUUUCCAUCUGCUGCUAGACUUCGGCAAUUCUGGUUCAGCUUCGUCUACAGUGGAAUGCAUCUGUUAUUUCAGGUCCUUUGCCUUCCUGCAGGAACAGGCUAGGGACCCUCCAUAAUUAGCACUGCAAUUAUAAAUUAAUUCAAAAGGUCAUGAUAUACCGCGUGUAUAUGUAUGUAUGCAUGAAAUGGUGGGAGGUUUUAAAUGUUAAUUUUUAAAAAAGUGUUUUUCUAUUAAGGAUUACAUUUAGUGAACAUGAAAAAAGGUACAUUAAAUACAAAUUAAAGAAACGUUGUGAUUUAAUGUUACGUACAGUUUUUAUUAAUGAAAUAAAGCUUUUCAACCCAU